GCUCCAGACCUGGAGCACUUCACUUUCCAAUGCCCAGAAGAAGUGGUACAACGCUUGGGACGUCUCUACGGUGAUGAGCGUCAUGCAGAUGUGACCUUCAUAGUGCAGCUGAAUGAGGAGUCCCCCCGGCAGCACUUCGUGGCGCAUCGCAGCCUGGUCUCCGCCUGGUCCGAGCCGCUGGACUCGAUGCUGCAGGGCCACUUCGCGGAACGCCACGCCGCCGAGGUGAAGAUCUGGGACGUUGAGCCCGCGGCCUUUGAAGUGCUGCUGAGACUGAUCUACACUGGUGUGGCUGACAUUUCACCUGAGAACGUGUUGUCCAUUCUGGACGUGGCGGUGCGUUUCGAUGUGUCGCCGCUGGUGCACUUUGCCGUUCAGUUCCUGCAAAACCACGCCACUUCUGAGCACGCCUGUCGCAUGUUGGAGAUUGGAAUCCAGUACCAGCUCAGCAAGCUGGUGGACAAAUGCAUCGAGCUCAUUGUGACAGACGACCAUAUCUUGGAGUCUGAGGAUUUCAAUAACUUGUCGCAGGCUGCAAUGAUUGAGCUGGCGAAGCACGAUGCUUGGAACUUGCAUGAGGACAGCAUCUUCGACAUCUUCAUGCGUUGGUCCACUGUGAACUCCUCGUCCGUUGAAGAGAAGCAUCGCUUGGCCCAGCCUUUUCUGGAGCAGCUGCGAUUCCCGCACAUGUCCACCGAGAAGUUGAAAAAGUUGAGCCUCAAUGGAGACGUGCCCGCGGAACUGUUGUUCGAGGCGCUCUUCUGGAAACUGAGCUCGGAGGCAGCGGAGCGCCUUUGA